AAUUAGGGUUUUCUUAAUCUCCAUGCAAUAAUCCCCAUAUUUUAACUAAUCAUACACCUCCAUUUUGUAAUGUCCAGAUUACACUAAUCUAGUACACUGAUUGUUGUUUUAACGUAAAUGACAAUAAGUUUUCGUCGAUUACACACAAGUCAUCGACGUCAAGUGCUAACCUCGCCCCUGGAGACUCCGCCACUAAUCACUGACACAACCUCCUCGCCAUCACCAGAAUUAGUCACCAAUCACCUUGCCAUCCUCUUUGUUGCCAAGUUCCAUAAGAGAGGAAUCCUUGAUCAAAAGUACCAAUGGCUUCAAACAAUGUCCCCUUGGAGAUCUCCGUAAUUGAAGAACCGGUAGCAUUUCAGCGCAAGUCGAAACGAAAAGUAGGCGGCUGGGCUCCAGCAUUUCUUCUUCUUGGUACAAAAUCGAACUACUUUGACAAUGUUCACAUGUUAUGAACUUUAGAUAAAUUAACCUAAUCGAUGAUCAUCGAUCUCUUUUUUGCAGCAAAUCAAGCCCUCGCCACAUUUGCAUUCUUUGGCGUGGGAGUUAAUUUGGUCUUGUUCUUGACCCGAGUCAUGGAACAAGGCAACGCGGAUGCUGCCAAUACCGUCAGCAAGUGGACCGGCACAGUCUAUUUGUGCUCUCUUCUAGGAGCUUUCCUAAGUGAUUCUUAUUGGGGUCGUUAUCUCACCUGUAUGAUCUUUCAAGUUAUCCUAGUCAUGGGAUUGGUGUUAUUAUCCUUAACAUCUUGGCUAUUUCUAGUGAAACCUGCCGGAUGUGGAGACGGAGAAAAACAUUGCGUGUCAGCAUCAUCAACAGGUACCAUGAUGUUCUACUUAUCGAUUUACAUGGUCGCAUUAGGCUACGGUGGGCACCAGCCAACAUUAGCCACUCUUGGUGUGGACCAGUUCGACGAAUCCAACACGAAAUAUAAAGAAAAGGGCGCGAAAGGGGCUUUCUUUGCUUACUUCUAUGUGGCACUCAACGUCGGAUCGUUGUUCUCAAACACUGUUCUAGUGUACUAUGAGGAUAUUGGGCAUUGGACAGUUGGAUUUUGGGUGUCUAUGGGGUCUGCGCUUGUUGGGUUGCUAUCGUAUUUGUGUGGUUCGUUUCAUUAUCGGUAUAUUAAGGCGUCGGGGAACCCUAUACCGCGUAUUGCUCAAGUGUUCGUUGCGGCGUGCCGAAAGAGUAGGGUUCCAGUGGAUGAUGAGAAGAAGUUGUAUGAAGUUGACGGAGCACAAUCGGCUAUUAAAGGGAGCCGAAAGAUCCUUCAUAGUGAGCAGUUCAAGUGUUUGGAUAAGGCAGCCGUGGUAACCGAGAACGAUUUAUCCGGCCCACAAAACCACUGGAGACUAUGCACAAUAACACAAGUAGAAGAAGCAAAAUGCGUGAUAAGAAUGCUACCCAUUUGGCUAUGCACGAUCAUCUAUUCCGUCAUCUUCACUCAAAUGGCGUCCUUAUUCGUCGAGCAAGGCGCGGUCAUGGACUCCAAAAUUGGACCAAACUUUCGUUUACCCGCCGCUAGCAUGUCCGUUUUCGACAUCAUCAGCGUCCUAGUAUCCACACUACUAUACCGAAGAGUGUUAGUCCCGUUAGCCGGACGUUUAAGCGGUAACCCAAGAGGUCUAACCGAGCUUCAACGAAUGGGAGUCGGUCUAAUCAUCGGACUUUUCGCAAUGGUCGCGGCUGGAGUCACGGAAGUCGAGAGGUUAAAACGUUCAGUUCCCGGAGAACACACGAGUACUUUGAGUAUAUUUUGGCAGGUCCCACAAUACGUGUUGGUGGGUGCGUCCGAGGUUUUUAUGUAUGUUGGACAGUUGGAGUUUUUUAACGGCCAGGCGCCUGAUGGGAUCAAGAGUUUCGGGAGCUCGCUUUGUAUGGCGUCGAUUUCGUUAGGAAACUACGUUAGUAGCCUUUUGGUGCACAUGGUGAUGAGUAUCACGGCUCGGGGAGAUGACGUAGGGUGGAUACCAGAGAAUCUAAACCACGGUCAUAUGGAUAGGUUUUAUUUCCUUAUUGCCAUUUUGACAGUGGUUGACUUCGUCGUUUAUGUUUAUUUUGCUAAGAAGUAUAAGUGCAUUAGUGUUGAUGAGAAUGGUAACGAGCCAAAGAAGGAAGAAGUUUAGUUCGUGAAGCAUGCAUUUUGCAACCGUAUUAGUUUCAAGUCUAGUAAGGUGUAAUCGUAUUUUCUUGAUUAUCUAUGGAUUUUUUUAAU